CUGGGGCACGAGGUGACACCCCCUCGGAUCCUGAGGCGCGCAGAGCCCCAGAGAUUUCUUCAGGAUCAACUACGCGGCGGCCUCCCCGGGCUCCUUGCCCCGCCCCGGGUCUCCGCCCCCUCCGCUUGGCUAGGGAUCCUGGACCCGGCGGCGACCGCCUAAGAAGCUCGGGUAGCCCGGACCGGGAGGCGGCUGGCGGCCGCGGAGCCACUGGCCACCGACUCUCCCCGCCAUGUGACCCGGUCCUCCUGCCUGCGACCCCAGUGCCAGCGCCUGCGCCCGGCCGCGCUGAGCAUCAUGCUCCUGCCGGGACACCCGCGCCCGCCGCCCGCGCCCCAACCCGCGCAGAAUCCCGGCCUCCGCAGGCAGGUAGAGCCUCCGGGGCAGCUACUGAGCCUCUUCUACUGCACCGUCCUGGUGUGCUCCAAAGAGACCUCGGCGCUCAGCGAUUUCUCCGGUUACUUAACCAAACUCCUGCAAAACCACACCGCCUAUGCCUGUGACGGGGACUAUUUGAAUCUACAGUGCCCUCGGCAUUCAACAAUAAGUGUCCAGUCGGCUUUUUACGGGCAAGACUACCAAAUGUGUAGUUCCCAGGAGCCCACCUCCCAGAGGGAAGACAACUUGACCUGCGUGGCAUCCACCACUUUGCAGAAGGUGCUGGAUGAGUGCCAGAACCAGCGAGCCUGCCACCUCCUGGUCAAUAGCCGCGUCUUUGGACCUGACCUUUGUCCAGGAAGCAGUAAAUACCUCCUGGUCUCCUUUAAAUGCCAACCUAAUGAAUUAAAACACAAGACGGUGUGCGAACACCAGGAGUUGAAACUGCACUGUCACGAGUCCAGGUUCCUCAACAUCUACUCUGCCACCUACGGCCGGAGGACACAGCAACCGGACGUCUGUCCCUCGGAAGCAGAGCUGCUGCCCCCCUUUGACUGCCUGUCUCACACGGCGUCGCAAGUCCUGUCCAGGAGGUGCUACGGGAAGCAGAGAUGUAAGGUCCUCGUCGAUAAUUACCACUUUGGAAGCCCCUGUCUGCCAGGAGUGAAAAAAUACCUCACUGUUGCCUAUGCGUGUGUUCCCAAGAACAUACUCACAGCGGUAGAUCCAGCCAUCGCUAAUUUGAACCCUUCUCUGACGAAAGAUGACGACUAUGGUAUAAAAUUCGACCCAAGUGGAUCGAGGGUUGUACGGAAAGAUGGCGUCAUCGUCAGCAACUCUCUGGCUGCGUUUGCUUACAUUCGAGCCCACCUGGAGAGAGCCGCCCUGCUGUUUGUGUCCAGUGUCUGCAUCGGCCUGGUCCUCACGCUGUGUGUCCUGGUCCUCAGAGUGUCCUGCACCAAGGACUUCCAGGAGCUGAGGCAGGGGAGGGAGCAUCUGGUGCUAGGAAGCAACAAGGCUGAGGAGGACAGCGAGGAGGAGGCGGAGGAGGAGGGGUCCUCAGACUCCGCCUUUCCCGGGGAACUGUCCAGGUUUUGUAGGACUUCGUAUCCAGCCUACACCUCCAUAGAGGCCGCUGAGCUGGCAGAAAGAAUUGAGCGCAGGGAGCAAAUCAUUCAAGAGAUAUGGAUGAACAGUGGCCUGGACCCCUCCAUUCCGAGGAACAUGGGCCGUUUCUACUGACAACCGGAAGCACCUGGGUGAGAUCACACUUUCUAAAGGGGGAAGGGUCCAGGAUGCCCUGUCUCCCUCUCCCUGGGCUCUGGUUCACGUGUGCCUUCUGUGAAGGAGACUCCGUUGUGUCGUCUGAGAUGGGUGAGGCCAGACAGCUGUCAAAGGGACACCGCACACUGUUUGCAGCACACCCUGGAAUAAAUCAGGAGGAAGGAGA